AUGUUGCGGCCAGCGACGCCUCUGGCGCUGAUGAUGGGCAUUGCCUUCGCGCUUCUCCUGCUCGCCGUGCUUUCAGUUCCCAUCAUAGAGGCCAUCCCACUUGGUGACUUUAACGGCGUCACUUUUGGUGUUUUUGGAUUCUGUCAAUCAGGUAAAGGUUGUAGCAAUGUUGGGAUUGGUUACGAUACUAGCGAUCUAUUCGCCGAUGCUUCGUCCUUUGACCUACCUUCUGGGGUUCGCACUACCCUAUCAGCUAUCUUGAUUGUGCAUCCAGUCGCGGCUCUACUGACCCUCGUCCUGUUUAUCAUGGCUAUUGUCGGCCACAUGCACGCGGCAGGACACUCUUCAAGAUACUUGCUUGUCGUCUUCAUCUUCAUCUUCAUCGACUUCCUGGUUUGUCUCUUGGCCUUUUUGAUCGACGUUCUCUUGUUCGUCCCUCACUUGGCAUGGGGCUCCUACAUUGUCCUUGCUGCUACUAUUCUCGUGGCUCUGAGUGGACUAAUUACAUGUGCCAUGCGCCGUACCUUGAUCGGCCGAAAAGACCGUCAGAAACGUAUUGCUGAAAAUGCCGAGAUGAGUGGCGAGAACUACUACAACAGGACUGGCCAGACGAAACCGGCCGAAGAAGUUGCGAGAGAACCAACCGUUCCGUCUGUGAGCGGUGGCAACGGGACCACAGAUAACCUCCCCGGUUUUGUAACCUACGACCAACAGGCCAAGAAUGACCAAGUUAGUGACGAGAAUAUCCCCUUGACUCGUCGUACUACUUCCAACCGAUCGCCCAUCCCGGUAAACGACACCGGCAACGUCGGAGAGGUUGCUGCUUUCAACAACAGCCCGCAGAGGCAAGGGUCCCGGGACCAGUAUGGAAAUCCCAUCAACGGACCCCAAGAUGGAUAUGGGGUCCGAAGAGGCCCUUCGACUGAGCGUAUGAGGGGUAGAGACAUGGGCCCGCAAGGAUCUUAUCGUGGUGGACGAGGCGGCUAUGGAAGAGACAACUACGGGCCUCCGCCGAUGCGAGGGCGAGGAUAUGGAUCUCAGAACCGAGGCGGAUAUGGACCUCGUGGAGGUCGUGGAGGAUAUGGACCGCCGCCAAGAGGAGCGUACGGCCCCCCAGGUGGGAUGAGAGGUGGUCGUAGCCCACCUCCAGGAUAUAAUAUGCAGUACGACCGGAGACCAUCUCCCGCCGAAGCAUACGGGGCCUACGAGCCCUCAGAGCCGUCAAACGGAUACAACUCGACUAACCCUUCCAUGCCGAACGUCAACGCUGGAUAUAAUGCUUACCCCGCCCCUUCCACCGUGUCGAGUCUACCUCGGGCUGAAUCUCCGCCACCAUUGCCCGGCAGCGAGCCUGCUACGUUCGGAGGGCAGGCGAUUGAGAUGGAUGCAGCCCCGGCUGGCCAACGCGACAAUAACUACAUCCGCGAAAGUGAUUCGGAUGUGGCUGGCAUGAUUAAUCUGCAGCAGGGCAUGAUGCCUCCUAACCGCCACGAUACCUACAUGACCGAAAGCAGCAGGUAUAGCAACGACGAGCAAUACGCGCCACCCCGAGCAGGAUGGACUCAGAGUGGGAGGAGCUCGCCUCGAGCCCCAUCCCCUUUGGCUCUAAACCGACCAGCCGAGCUCCCUGUAGGGCAUACAUCACCUCCUCCACCAGCCAAUACUGGUGGCACUUACUACGAAGAUGUCGACCCUCGGUUCGCCUCUAACACACCCCCUGGCUCCUCAGGCAACCUCAACGUGCCACCCCCAAUCGAGCCCAUCUACGAGGAUGUUCACGUUAAUCAGGGCGCUCGCAGCCCUGCUGAGUCGACGUUUACCUCCAUUUCUCAACGUGGCGUAAACCCUCGUUGGAACCCGGGUCCGAACAAUCCGCCGGUUCCGUAUCAGCAAGGUCCCCCGGCUCGACGACCUGUGAACCAACAGCAACAACGGCAGGACAUGAUUUUGGAUAACCCUGACUUUCAACUACCCGGAGCUCGCUCUAAGGGAGGUGGUAUGGUCCCGGGUAGCGCAUACCCUCCUGGUAGUAUGUAA